GUGCGACGGUUUGCACUCCCGUCCAGACAGCCGAGGGAGGACAGGGAGUAUUCGCACACUCGGCUGCCUGGGCGGAUGAGGGACUGGCAGAGAAGAAGCCCACCGUGGACUAACUCCCUUGCGGUCUCCUGUCAGACUCGAGGAGGAAAAGAACUGUUGGAUUACUGCGGCCGACCAACCUAGAUUGUCACCGGAGCGGAGAGUGGAGACCGGAGGGCAACGCGGAGCGUCCGUGUUUACCCGGCACGGUCGCCUCAGGAGAAAAAUCCCAUUCCCUCUGAACUCCCCUCUGAACUCCCAGGGAUGUACUUCCUCGUACCAAUCCCUCCACCCUCAGAUAAAUUCUGCUACCGCAAAAGUCACGGUGGUCACACGCCAUGCCGAUAGGACGCGCCACUAAUCUGCUCCACUCACGCAAUCGCCCGUUAUAGAGGGUUCAAGCAUGUUGAGGGGCCGACGGGAGACCUGUGCUGGAUAUGCCAGUCCCACGCCUCUGGAAUCCAGCGUUCAGAUAGAAGAGGAGAACGGCAAAGGCCUGCUCCAGUAGUGCUCCCGGGGGGAGGCGUGGGCCAGGAUGCGCUGACCUCGUAAGCGCCGAUUCCGGACAUGGUGGAAGCUGAUCGAUACAACUGAUUGACACCCUCUUGGAAUACGAGCUUGUGGAUAUAACUUUGGAUCUUGACACGAGCGGGUGGAGUAUGUUUGUUUGUACGUCUCUCCUGGAUGGGGAUCUCACGGAGUUGGACAACAACAGGAGGUGCUUCUGACCGCCUAAACCCUCUUGCAGCCAGUCCGAGAGAAGUCAAAGGACUGUAGCUUGUCCUUCAGAAAAAGACAGCAGCCCUCCACACGGACAGAUGCACCACUGACACGCCAGCUAUGUUUGGACGUGAUGCUCAAUCAGACAGAUCCCGCACAGACUCACUGGCCUGAUUUCACCACCCUGCUACUCAUAUAGUGCUGGAGGCAAGGGAUAAUGCAUGUCAUCCCCUGCCCGAAGGAAGAAGCCACCAUGAGCAACGUCACAGUCACCGACAACACCGAGCCCCUCACCCGCACCGUGAGCCCGGCGCCCCCCAGCCCCUACAGCUACCCCGUCAGCUUCCAGGUGUCCGUCACGGGAUUCCUCAUGCUGGAGAUCCUCCUGGGCCUGAGCUCCAACCUGACCGUGCUGGCCCUCUACUGCAUGAAGUCCAACCUCAUCACCUCGGUCAGCAACAUGGUGACCAUGAACCUCCACGUUGUGGACGUGCUGGUGUGCCUCUGCUGCAUCCCACUCACCAUCGUGGUGGUCCUGCUCUCCCUCGAGGGGGACACGGCCCUUGUGUGUUGCUUCCACGAAGCGUGCGUGUCCUUUGCCAGCGUGGCCACGGCCGCCAACGUGCUCGCCAUCACCUUGGACCGCUACGACAUCUCUGUCAAGCCGGCCAACCGCGUGCUGACCAUGCGCCGUGCCCUCGCGCUCAUGGCGGGCAUAUGGGUGUUAUCUUUUGUCAGCUUUCUGGUGCCCUUUAUCGAGGUUGGCUUCUUCGCGCAGGGCCACGCCGAACUCAACCAGACCCUUGUGGAGAACGUGGUCCACUCCAACCAGUACUACACGGAGCUGGGCCUCUAUUACCACCUGUUGGCUCAAAUUCCAAUUUUCUUCUUCACUGCCGUGGUAAUGCUCAUUACCUACUCCAAAAUUCUCCAGGCCCUGAAUAUUCGUAUCGGCACACGCUUCCACGCCUCUCAGAAGAAGAAGGCGCGCAGAAAAAAGCGUACAUCCAUGACGGCAAUGACGCCGCAGCAGGAGGCUACAGACGCGUCCCAGAGCAGCGGCAGCCGCAACCCGACGACGCUGGGCAUGCGGACGUCCGUGUCCGUCAUCAUCGCCUUGCGCAGGGCGGUGAAGCGUCACCGGGAGAGGCGGGAGCGGCAGAAACGCGUCUUCAGGAUGUCCCUCCUGAUCGUGUCCACCUUCCUGCUGUGCUGGACGCCCAUCACGGUGCUCAACACGGUCAUCCUCACCCUGGGCCCCAGUGACCUGAUGGUCAAGCUGAGACUGGGCUUCCUGGUCAUGGCUUACGGGACCACCAUCUUUCACCCGCUACUGUACGCCUUCACCAGGCAGAAGUUCCAGAAAGUGCUGAAGAGCAAGAUGAAGAAGAGGGUGGUGUCCAUCAUCGAGGCUGAGCCGACCCCCAACAACCCCAUCAUCCACAACUCCUGGAUCGACCCAAAGAGGAACAAAAAGGUGACGUUUGAAGACAAGGAUGCCCAGCAGAAAUGUCUUUCUUCAGAGGAUGUGGAGUGAAAAGGACAUUGGUCGCCAUUUUAAAAGGGAAAAUGUUCAUCCAAAGCCGUCACGUACUUUCUAAAUAACAUGUACAAUAGGAUUUACAUCAAUAAAAAAAAAAAAAAAGAUUAUUUAUUACUAUUUAUUGAGAACAACUGUAGGUUUCAUAGAUGGGACAUACAGUAUACUGUACUGUAGGUAAUGCAUGGCUUUUUGUAACUUACAGCACAUUGUGUCCAUACAUGAUACGUGUACAACUUAGCCAAGGAAGUAGGAAUUAUGUAUAUGUAUAUUUAUAAUAAUAAAUUUGCUCUCCACUCAGCUAAAAAGGGAGAACAUUUC